AUGGACAAAUCAGAAGAAAAUCAAUGUCAACAAAGUACUUUUCAAGUUUUGCAUAAAGAAGAACCGAUGCAAUAUAGGAAACAGCAGACAACUGUACAACAGCAGUCAUCAUCUCAAUUACCCCAGAUUCAACAACAAAUACGUGUGGUUCCUGAAAUUCAGAUGCCCACACCAGCUCAACAAUUUGUAUAUCCCCAAAUGGGGCGAUGUCUGUAAGUUUUUAUCAAAAUUAUUUUUAAAAUUUUGGGAGUGGUGUAUUCAUUUUAUCAAGUAUUUGCUUGACACUUAAAAUGUGAAUUUAUGUUAAAAAUCUUUACUGUGUAUCCAGUGCAGAGCAACAGCUGUUAAGAGAUCGGACUCUAGCUCUGAGUCCAGAUGUAAGCACACCUUUUAAAAGUUUAUCUGAUGCAAUGAGGAGAUUAGUGCGCUACCAUACUCUACAAGAUCACAAACCUGAAGAGGGGACAAAAGAAAUGAGAACAUGUAAGUUUUAUAAAUAUUUAAAGGCUGUAAUUUCCCUUGUUUUACCAAAGUACCUACUUCCAAUCACUUGUAUGCCUUUAGUAACCCUGUCACUUGUUGCCACGGUAAACAAGUAGUACAAUUUUAAAACUAGCUUGGAAAUUAAAACAAAAUGAAUUAACAGCUCGUUUUUUAAAACAUUCUGCCAAUGGCAUGCGGUUCGAUUAUAAACAUCCUGUCGGUAAAUUAAAAUCUCGGAGCAAAACAUGAACGGAAUACUAUUUUUUAAAUUAAAAUCUUGGUGCAAAACGGGAACGGAAUAAUAUAAAAAUUUGACUUGGUUUAAUACGAUACAAACAUUGGCGCUGCCAGUGGCUUGUGGCCAUAACGGAAGAAACGCCCACCGGCUCAUGGUAGUUAACCAGUUAAGUCAUUUCAUACUUCACUUAUGCGCGUCUAGGUAACCUUCAAUAUGGUAUGGUCGCUCAGCCUAAUUUUGACUAGGACUUGAUCAAAAACCUUUUUGAUAGCGGAAAGUGCUGAUUAGUUAAAGGACACAUUUUUUUGUUAUAGCCUUACAACAAAAAUAAUAAGUUUCAAUUAGAAAUACCUGGAAAACCUCACUAAAUAACCUUGAAUAAUAUUGAAAUUUUAAGGAAGUGCAAAAGUGGAAGUGGGGCAGUGAUGUUACUAUAUAUAAAUAAACUGAACACCAUGUAAAUAACCAUAAUUUUAACUUAUAAGAUUAAAGCUUUGGUGUAGGGCCUAUACUAAAUAAUUAACAUAUAGUUAUUUAUUUGAUUAUUUAAUAUUAAUUAUAACAAAUGCUAAUUACUUUUUGGUUUUUUUUUUUUUAAUAAACUUUUUUUUUUACAGGGGACACUAGAUACUCUAAAUUAUGUGAGUAUUUAGUCAAAAAGAAAAGGUGCUAUAUGCGAAGAUACAACAAAAUGAAACUAUUUAAUGAUAUGGUGAGUUGCUUCUUUAUUGUUCUUAUCCAUUAGACUAGUUGUAUUCAGUUGUGUGCAUGUUUGUAUUUAUAUUCAAAUAAUGUAAUCAGCAGGAAAGCACAGAGUCAAAGUGCCUGAAAAAUUAAAUUGCUUCAUUUAACAGCUCUACAGCUUUCUCUUAUUCUUAAAAUUACCUUUUUUCAGUGUCCUGAAAAACGUCCAGACUAUCUUCAAAAUUUGCUUUGUUUCAAUGAGCAAUUACGAGAAUUAAUCGACAGUGAAAAAGAAAAG